AUGGAAGUAGCUUCCAAGAAGCGUACUACCAAUUUUACGUCUUCCGAAGAAGAAUUACUAAUUACAUUAGUGAAAAAAUAUAAAUCUGUGUUGGAGUGUUUGAAAACUGAUGCUGUAAAUGCCAAAAUGAAAAAGAAUGCAUGGUCUAAAAUUGAAAGAGAGUUUAAUUCCCAAUCAAUAGAGACCCCACGUACUGCCGAUAUACUGAAAAAUAAGUAUAUUAACUUAAAAAGAAAAGUUAAAAAACAGUAUGCAGAUGAAAAAGUAUAUCAUCGGGGUACUGGAGGAGGCCCAUCAGUCUUUUUUGGAGUCGUCUGCAGCAGUAUCAAUUGGGGAAAUGUUACAAAAUAA